CUCAUUUGGACUUUCUUUGUCUUCAUCCCCAAAAUUUCGAAAAUCUUAUAAGGAAAAACACAAAUAUCAAGUUUUUGUUCUAAUAUCUCAUCAAAACCCUUUUUAAAAAAGUCGAACUUCUUGCCCUAAACAAUAAGAGAAAAAAUGGGAAGACCACCUUGUUGUGAAAAGGUUGGAGUGAAGAAAGGGCCAUGGACACCAGAGGAAGACAUCAUCCUGGUUUCUUACAUUCAAGAACACGGUCCGGGAAACUGGAGAUCUGUCCCAACUAACACAGGUCUAAGGAGAUGUAGCAAAAGCUGCAGACUGAGAUGGACUAAUUAUCUUCGACCCGGUAUUAAGCGUGGAAAUUUCACUGAGCAUGAAGAGAAGAUGAUUGUUCAUCUUCAAGCUCUUUUAGGCAACAGAUGGGCAGCUAUAGCAUCAUACCUUCCAGAAAGGACUGACAAUGAUAUAAAGAACUAUUGGAACACUCACUUGAAGAAGAAGCUCAAGAAGAUCAAUGAAUCUGGUGGAGAAGAUAUUGAUGGCUCCUCUUCAUCAAACACUAUUUCACAAAAUCAACAUCAAACCUCAAACAAAGGUCAAUGGGAGAGAAGACUCCAGACAGAUAUCAACAUGGCAAAGCAAGCUCUUUGUGAUGCUUUGUCUUUAGACAAAAAACCAUCAUCAACACUUUCUCCAUCAUCAUUGUCAACACCAGUAAUCAUACCUCAAACCGUCCCUAGCUUCUCUUCAGCUCUACUUGACCGUUGUUAUGAUCCAUCCUCUUCUUCUUCCUCUACCACAACCACCACUACAAGCAACACUACUAAUCCAUACCCAUCAGGGAUAUAUGCGUCAAGUGCUGAGAACAUCGCACGGUUGCUUCAAGAUUUCAUGAAAGACACACCAAAACCAUUAACCUUGACAUCCUCAUCACCGGUUUCGGAGACCGGACCACUUGCUUCAGCAAGUUCCCAAGAAGGUGGAGAAGGGUUUGAACAAUCUUUCUUUAGCUUCCAUGACCAAAACCAAGAGAGCAAACCGGCAAUAACAAUGGACCAGGGUUCUGGUUUGAUAUCGCAAGGAUCUUUGUCUUUGUUGGAGAAAUGGUUAUUUGAUGAGAACAUGGUUGGUAUGUCUCUAGGACAAGAAGCGAUGUUCUAGGACGAAAUGAAGUGGAAUAAUUUGAGGACUUAAUUAGUUAUGAGUUAUAACAAAUAUUAUAGAGUUAUAACCUAUAAUAUAUAUGCUUAUUAUUGCAUCAGGGUUUUAGAGUCUUUAGAAGCUUUUAGCUCUACAACACUCUUUUUCCCUUUUGGUCAUAUAAUCUUCCUUUUUUUUUGCUUUUCAAUUGUAUGUUUCUGAACGUAACACAAAGGGGUUAUAAUCUUCAUUAGUGUAAUGUACUGGCACUUUGUGACCAAAUGGUUAUGUAUACCAAUGUUUUUUUAAGGUUUCUGGUUGUUCUUGAUCUAUGUAUGUAUUAUUAAUAUACCCAACACAAAA